CAGGGUUAUUAUUUUGUUAUUCUUCCCAGCCCCUUUGUGGACGUGUGCGCUUCUGCUGAGCCGCCAGAGGGAGGUGUGAUCCGCACAACAAGCAGGGACGGGAGGAAGAGACGCGGGCUCAUACACACAGGAUAAGCAGCAGCACAUCUAGCCUGCAUAAUAUACAUAAACCAGCCUGGGCGCCAGUGUCAGGAGAUAGCACAGCUUGCGGAGGGCAGUCCCUGUAGCCCUGCGGACCCCAUGAGCAGGGUGGGUGCGAAGACACGCAGCAGCAGCAGCCGCCUGUUUGCGGAAUACGCAGUCCCCGGGUCUUCCUUUGUCGUGCGCUAUAUUGUAUAACUUUGUAACAAGACCCAGCAGCAGUUGCCUCUGUCCUGUAUGUGCUGCGCUGCUGGCUCUGUGGCACCAUUCAUGUGGCAGGGCAAUCCCAGUGCCACUGAAGGCAGAAGAGUCUAAUUACAGCGGAAUAAUAAUAAAAGUGAUCGGGGCGGGCGGCCGGUGACCCUGCUGCGUGCGGGGAGGUGGAGAGGAGGCGGAGGAGGAGUAGAGGGGGUGAGCCGGGAGGAGGAGGGCAGCCCAGGCAGCAUCCUCCCCAGCAGCGGCAGCAGCAGCACUAGGAGCAGGCUCAGGUUAGGAGCUGUCCUGCGACUUCGCACCUUGGGCACCCGCCGCUGUCGCUUUUCCUGUCUGUCCCUGCGCUGCUGCGCUACCCCUGGAACCCCGACCCUGCACCACCCACGGAGGAAACCUAAGGGAGGAGGAGGCGGCGGCAUGGCUUCUACUACCACCUGCACCAGGUUCACCGAUGAGUACCAGCUCUUCGAGGAGCUCGGAAAGGGAGCCUUCUCUGUGGUGAGAAGAUGCAUGAAAAUUACCUCAGGACAGGAGUACGCAGCAAAAAUUAUCAACACCAAAAAACUUUCCGCAAGAGAUCACCAGAAAUUGGAACGUGAGGCAAGAAUUUGUCGCCUACUGAAGCAUCCUAAUAUUGUUCGUCUUCAUGAGAGCAUAUCAGAAGAAGGGUUCCAUUACUUAGUUUUUGACUUAGUUACUGGUGGAGAACUAUUUGAAGAUAUAGUAGCAAGAGAAUAUUACAGUGAAGCAGAUGCCAGUCAUUGCAUUCAGCAGAUCCUGGAGGCUGUGCUACACUGCCAUCAGAUGGGCGUAGUCCAUCGAGAUUUAAAGCCUGAAAAUUUGCUCUUAGCUAGCAAAUCAAAAGGUGCAGCAGUAAAGCUUGCAGAUUUUGGCCUAGCUAUUGAAGUUCAAGGAGACCAACAAGCAUGGUUCGGUUUUGCAGGGACCCCAGGGUACCUCUCUCCAGAAGUAUUACGAAAGGACCCCUAUGGCAAACCUGUGGAUAUGUGGGCAUGUGGAGUCAUUCUUUACAUUCUUCUGGUGGGUUACCCCCCUUUCUGGGAUGAAGACCAACACAGACUCUACCAGCAGAUAAAGGCUGGUGCUUAUGAUUUUCCAUCGCCAGAGUGGGAUACAGUGACUCCUGAAGCCAAAGACCUGAUUAAUAAAAUGCUUACGAUCAAUCCAGCCAAACGAAUCACUGCAUCAGAAGCACUCAAACAUCCAUGGAUCUGUCAACGCUCCACUGUUGCUUCCAUGAUGCACAGACAGGAAACUGUAGACUGUUUGAAGAAGUUUAAUGCAAGGAGGAAGUUGAAGGGAGCUAUACUUACAACCAUGCUGGCGACUAGAAAUUUCUCAGCAGCAAGAAGUUUACUGAAGAAGCCAGAUGGAGUCAAGAAAAGGAAGUCAAGUUCAUGUGUUCAGACGACGAUAAACAACAAAACCAACGUAAUAACAAGCCCAAAAGAUCCCACCCCACCUCUGGAGCCCCAAACUACCGUAAUCCACAACCCUGCUGAUGGAAAUAAGGAGUCGACAGAAAGCACAAAUACCACCAUUGAAGAUGAAGAUGUGAAAGCAACAAAGUGCACAGAAAACACAAACUCAAAGAGUCACUCGAAUGAAUCAGAGCAUUCUCAGUCAUAUGCUUCAGUUGUGCAGUCCCGAAAGCAGGAAAUCAUCAAAGUCACAGAACAGUUAAUUGAAGCAAUUAAUAAUGGAGACUUUGAAGCAUAUACAAAGAUUUGUGACCCUGGCCUUACUUCAUUUGAACCAGAAGCUCUGGGAAAUCUUGUGGAAGGAAUGGAUUUCCAUCGCUUUUACUUUGAAAAUGCUUUGUCAAAGGGUAACAAGCCAAUCCACACUAUCAUCCUGAAUCCCCACGUCCACUUGAUUGGAGAAGAUGCUGCCUGCAUUGCCUACAUCCGUCUCACUCAGUACAUGGAUAGCACAGGAUUGCCAAAGACCAUGCAGUCUGAAGAGACUCGUGUGUGGCACCGCCGUGAUGGAAAAUGGCAAAAUGUACAUUUUCACCGAUCUGGGUCCCCAACAAUACCCAACUAACUCUAUGCCUUGCAAGCCUUUUACUCUAAACACUCAAGACAACUGGAUGGUAUCUCUUACACAAACUGCAUCCCUCCUUUGUGUCCUAAUCACAAGUGUUUAUUUGAGCACAGAAUGUCUUCAUGUGUAAAGCUUUUGUGCGUUGUAUUUUCAUAUUGUCAUCCAUCUCUGCCGCAGCUUAUCAAGAUCCCACCAGAGGAUGAUUUUCACUUACACUGAAGACGACAUUGGUUCUUUCUUUAUUAUUCUAUUUUGAUAAGUCUGAUUUUGCCAGGUCUCAGACUAUGGUAAUUAAAAUGUAAACGUUUAUAUUUGUUUUGUUUGUUCAGCCUGGUUUAUAAGUAGUAAACUAAGUGUAAAGAUAUAUUUAAGGAGUAGUUCCUUCUUAUGUUGUACCUUAUUACUACAAAUUCUUUGCUCAAUUCCAUUUAAAUUCAAAGUACUUUAUUUGCAAAUACAGAAAUUGCUUGAAUACUUUUAUUUCAUAUGUAACUACUGUAUUAUCUUUAAAAACAACAAGAAACAAAUUUAUAGUUUUAGAUUUACCAAGAAUAUAUGUCAAAUUAUUACAAAGUAUAUAGUGAAUUAUGAAUGGGUGAUAGCUGGUUUUUGACAAAAAAUGAAAAGGGAAAUUUUACAAUAGGGGUAAUUUUAGUCCUUUCACAAAAUCUGUAUUUUUGUGUUUUAGACGAUAAGACUUAGAUAUUGUGUAUUGUAUGUGGUAAGUGUGGAUUUAAUGGUUUGGGUAAAAAAAGUAACUACCAAUGUGUGAAGAUGAAAAAACUCUUAAUUGUUAUUAUUCUCCAGCCUUUCUGCUGAUGUUGCAAUGUUUAGUCACAAUGCAUAAUAUAUUUGCUUACAGUAAUAACUUCAUUUUGAAUGAUCUGCUACAGAUAUUUUUUUUUGUAUAGCUGUAUAAAUAAAAAUAACUAUUCAUACAGCCACAUACUUGUGUAAUUCAUCCUACCACUUUAAUUGUACAGUUCAACCUCUCUGUGGGCUGUUUACUUCAAUGCUAAGUGUGCAUGAUGGUACGAAAUUACUGUUUUUUCUUGGUCCUCCAUAUCCCGAUAAGUAUUUUUGAAUUUGUAUCAUUACACUUUUGUGAAUAUCAAAGCAAUUCUUUACUAUUCUUCAUGUUAUAGAGUAGUGGUUGUAAGUGGAGUAAUCCUAGUAUACUACUAAACAAUUUAUUUUCUACAAUAUGUAAACAAAUAAAAUGUGUUUGAGCCAUUUUAACCUGCCAAUGAAAUCCUGUGAAAUAUUUUAUUUUUUUUGCUGCUCUUCUUUAUUCUAGAAGUGGUUUUAUUGUUUGUAUCUAGGUACAGUGUAAUGAUGUAAAGUUCUGAUUUGCUUUAUAUUUUUUCCUUUUAUAUAUAGCAUGGAAUGCUGACAUAGUACUGUAAACCAAAUCUGUCUUCCACACAAUCAUGUGAGAAAAGCAUUAAUAAACUGCACUAUGGUGGUUUCAUUUUAUCAUCUUUUGAAAUGUUGCAAUAUACCUAUAGACACCAUGUAUAUAUUUCUUGCCAUAAAAUAAUUGAUAUAAUUACAAAAAAAAAAAUUCUAAUAAAAUUGUGUUUUUUUGUUGCA